UUAGCAACAGAGGCAAGAUGGCGGCCCCCAGUAACGCCGAGCGUUCUCCUGAUAUAUCGGUGCCUCUGAAGAUUCCUAAAACCGAGGUUCCUUCCCCAGAAUCCGAGGAUCUAAGUGACAGCAACCAAUACCAUUCCAACCCCUCCACCCCUAACAGAUUCUCUCCUCUGAACGUCGGGGCUUCGCUGUCCGGGGGCGCAGGCCGGAGUGGAUCGGCCUCUGCAUCCAACAGCUUCACCGCUUGUCGAGGCAUGUCGUGGACACCGUCCGAAACAAACGCGCUGAUCGCCGUGUGGGGCAACGAAAGACUGGCGGAGGCGCGGAUGCAGCAGCUGGAGGUGGCCGGGACGGUGUUUUCUGGCAAGGCGCCGGGACCUGCGAUGUACGAUCGGGUGUCCAGAGCGCUGUCAGAGCUGGGUUAUGAAAGAACCCCAUCACAGUGUCGAGAGAGGAUGAAGACACUUAGAAGGUGUUAUAGCCGCGUGAAGGAGCACGGCAUUGGGAAGAGGAAGAGCAGUUACUCCAUCGAGCAGCUGGAGAAGGUGUUUGGGCAGGGCGGCUGGGAUUCCCAAAGCUGUCAGCCUGUGCUGAUCAACAGCAGCGGCCUCUACCAGGAGAUGGAGUCAGACGGCAGUACUAUGGAGGACUACUCUCAGGAGGACUGGUGCAAUCAGGACCUUUCUGCAGCCUUCAACGAGGGAGACAUAGAGACAGAGGAGAACCAGCUUCCAAAAACUAGAGUUCUUCAGAUAAGACUGGAGCCAUCUGAGCACACCCAACGCCAGGAAGUGAUGCAGAACGUGAUGCGUAUCCUCGAGUCCGUAGAGGUCAAAUGGGAGCACUUUCAGACAUGGACUGACUUCUCUCGCCUCCACCUGUCCAAUAAGCUGGCCAUCUUCGGAGUGGGCUACAACACGCGGUGGCAAGAGGAGAUCCGCUACCACUACGCGGAGAUCAGCUCGCAGGUCCCUCUGGGAAAAAGACUACGGGAAUACUUCAACCCUGAGAAGGUCGAGGGCAGGGUUAUCAUGACCAAGGUGCAGAAGAUGAACUGGAAAAACGUGUAUUAUAAAUUCCUCGACAUUACUAUAAGCGAAGCUCGCUGUUUGGAGCUGCACAUGGAGGUGGACUGGAUCCCGAUCGCACAGACGAGAGCGGCAGGGUGCAGCAACAGCUCCCAGUACCUCCUGCCAGGGGGCAUCCCAAAAACAUACGGCCUGUACGCCAUAGGCUACGAGGAGACCAGCGGGUCCAAUUCGUCUGGCGCAGAGGACAAGUCCUCAUCCUCGCAGGAAGAGGAGGAGACGGACCAUUGCGAGAGCGCAGAGAAGGACAAGAGGACAUCAGCCAAAGUCACGUACUGUUACCUCGGCAUUUCAGAGGACAGGACGCUACAGCAAUGUCUGGUCCAGCACUUUCAGACUUCAGGCAAACACUAUGGACGAGGGGAGCCUUCAGCCAUAACCAAGUUCCUGCAGGACAACUGCACCGGCCAGGCCAGGGAAAGCACCCUCUCUGGAUUACACAUCUACAUUAAGUUUAUCGAGGUGGAGCUGGACUUUCUCUCCGCCGGAUCUUUAUUGGAAUGUUUAGAGACGGCGAUCGGUUAUUCGUUAAAGUUCAACAAAAAGAAUGUGCUGUAACAUUUGCCAAUUAAGCUUUUAAAAGCCAGGAAAUUGAAAUAUACACUCACUUAAAGGAUUAUUAGGAACACCAUACUAAUACUGUGUUUGACCCCCUUUCACCUUCAGAACUGCCUUAAUUCUA